AUGCGGCCUGGUCAUAAAAACGAUUCUCGAAAGGCCCCUUCUGAUCAAAAGGCUCUGGACUCGCACUUAUUCAUGGCGUUAACGUUGUCGUCCUCUGGAAUACCAGAACGUUUCUUACGAGCAACAAGCAAGUUCAAAAUGAUCAUGAAGAUGAAAUCCUGGCCAACAACUCGUUCACGGAGACAGCAGAAAGAGGAAGCGGGUCGCUCUUAUCUAAUGGAACUGCCCACCGAGCUACUACUGGAGAUUAUUUCACAUCUGACCCUGAUCCCGGAGGCUGCUUUUGCCUUAACCUGCAAACGCAUGUUCGCCAUCUCGGGGGAAAUCCUAUGUUCCAAGUCUCUGCGAUUUACUCGUGAUUUUGCGCCUCUAUUUCACCAUUACCGCAACGGACACAACUUUGUUACGCCGCGUUGGCAGUUUAUGUCCCUACUGGAAAACUCGCGAUGGCGACUGUGCUCCAAGUGUCUGAAGCUACACCCUCGAUCCGCAUUUUCAUCCCGAGAAUUAAGGCACAAGCCUGAUGAACGCACAUGCAACUUGGGCGAGCUAGCGGGGAUUGUGGAUUUAUGUCCAUGCAAGAAAUUGACAUUCCGUGACAAGUUGAACCUCGCAGACGAUCUGCGAGUGCGGAAGACCAUGCUGGAUGCUCUGGGAACUGAAUAUGGAAGUACGGUCUCGAAUCGAUACUGCUGGCACACAUGCACUGAGCAAUAUGGCCCCACAGGCCUCAAAGUGUCUCUAUUCCCCGAACUCAACGAGGAGAAUCAAUUGGUCAUGCGUACAGAGUACCAGCUCACCACUGAGUCGGGCCAGGUUGGCAAGGAGGAAUACAUGACCCCUCGAUUCGGAUGUGCACACCGUUCCGUCGAUCUUUGGCUCUCCAGUGUUUAUCAAACUACCAUCUGCCGACUCUUUGACAAUUUCUGUGCCUCAUGUCGACGGAUCUCAGUCUGCGCCACCUGCAACACCACACUCAAGUGCCAUCGAAAACAUUCCUUUCAAACGGAUGUAUCUGGCAAGGUCACUUAUUCUUUCUACACUGAGAGAUCCCUUGGAGGCACUGGAGCAGAACCUGAUACAACCUGGGCUGCUCAAAGGAUUCAUCCGGCCGAACCAUCAAUCAGUGUGGAGAAUUGCAAUGAGCUCUGUCCCUGGACGGUGCGAGAACAUCCGCCUCUCACUUUUACGCCCAGCAUAGACGAAGAAGUCCUCCAACCUGCUACUGACGAGCGGCCUAUGGAUUCGUUAUAUUCGUCGAUUCGCAUGUUAUGA